GGACGCGCCUGGGGUAGUCAUGGCGAGGCCUGGGAACAUAGCACUGGUUACUGCGCGGUCGGCCGGUCUUAGAGGCUCGGGACAGCCGCAGGGGCGGCGGCAGCAGCAGGCUCAAGGACAGCAGCGCUCGGCCUCACUGCCCGGACAGCGCAGCAAAGAAAAGAAGAAAGUGAAUUGCAAGCCUAAGAACCAGGAUGAGCAAGAAAUCCCUUUUCGGCUCCGAGAAAUUAUGAGGAGCCGACAGGAGAUGAAAAAGACGCUAAGUAACAAGAAGAGAAAAAAGGAGGGUUUAUUUUAUGCAUAUGAAUACACCAUUGCUCUCUCCAGACAUAUCAGAAGAGACCAUCAACUCCCAUUACAGAUGCUUGUGAGCCCAUGUGGUUCCCAUGUGGUUGCUGGGAAUUGAACUUAGGACCUCUGGAAGAGCAGUCGGUGCUCUUAACCUCUGAGUCAUCUCUCCAGCCCCCUUUUUUGGUUUUUCGAGACAGGGUUUGUUUUGCUUUUUUCAAGACAGGGUUUCUCUGUAUAGCCCUGGCUAUCCUGGAACUCACUCUGUAGACCAGGCUGGCCUUGAACUCAGAAAUCCGCCUGCCUCUGCCUCCCGAGUGCUGGGAUUAAAGGCAUGGGCCACCUCUGCCCAGCUGAGGUUUUAUUUUCAUUUAUGUAUAUGCAAGUGUGACUGGUGUAGAGGGGUGCAUGUGCAAUUGCUAUUGGAGGCCAUGAGGGGGCGUUGGAUCCCAUGGAAUUAUCCUAAACGUGGAGUUAAAGGCCUUCCUGCCCAGUGUGGUUGCUGGGGAGCCAAACUCAGGUCCUUAAGGAAUACAUUUUUUAAAGUUUAUUUCCAUUUUUUACAUGCCUUGUGGUUUGCCUGCAUGCAUGUCUGUGUGAGUGUCAGACCUUGAACUGCCAUGUGGUUGCUGGGAUUUGAACUCUGGUCCUUUGGAAGAACACUCAGUGCUCUCAACUGUGGAGUCAUCUCUCCAGCCCUUGGAGUACAUGGUCUCUCCAGCCACAUUGGUGUGUUUUGGGUUUUUCUGAUAGGUUAUUUCUAGGUAGCCCUGUUGGCCUCAAAAUCAAUUUACCUCCACCUCCUGGUUGUUGAGAUUAUGGGUAUGUGCUGCUAUGAUCGACACUGCUUUGGUUUCUUUGUUUGCCUGUGUGGCACUGGACAUCUUUGACAGGAGCCGGUAGGUCUUGACAUCACAUUUGGGGCUCCUCUGAACUGAAUAUUUUAGCUUUCUCUCUGUCUGUCAUUAAGCCUUGUCGUCCCCUCUUUUGGCUGUAGGAGGGAAAUGGUCCCAGGCUGCUUACCUGUCACCAACCCUUCUUCCCGAGCUUCCUCUACACCUACUCUGGGUGUCCUUUCUCCUCAGCCCAGGUGGCUUUCAAGAAGACGUUGGAAAAGGAAGCGAAGGGGGAGGAGCCAGACAUCGCUGUCCCCAAGUUCAAGCAAAGGAAGGGGGAGUCUGAUGUGGCCUACGUCCAGCGCAUGGAGCAGGAGGCCCAGCACGUGCUGUUUCUUAGCAAGAACCAGGCCCCUCGGCAGCCAGAGGUGCAGGCAGCUCCCAAGAAGGAGAAGUCUGAGCGCAAGAAAGCGUUCCAGAAGCGACGACUGGAAAAGGCCCAGAGGAAAAGGGAAGCAAGAGCCGUGGACAGAUUGGAGCAGGAGCUACUGAAAGAUACUGUGAAGUUUGGAGAAGUUGUGUUGCAGCCCCCAGAGCUGACAGUUCAGCCCAGGAGGAGCACAAGCAGAGAUGCUCCUGGCAAGAAAUCACUAAUGCUGAAGAAGAUGCUGUUGGGUCCUGGUGGCGGGUCCCCGGCUCCAGCCACCUCACUGGCCCGCCAGCGGAUCCUGGGGGAAGAGCGGGAACGGGCUGUGCAGGCUUACAGAGCCCUGAAGAAGCUGCAUAGACAGGAAAUGACACCUGCACAGCCACCAGGCAGCUCUUUCCAGAGGCAGGGCCACGCUUGUCUGUGAUGCAGAGACCCAGGGGCCUGAUCCCCUGGAAACUGGUCUGGGAGCUGCUAGACCUGGGUAAGGGAGAGGCAGCGGAUGCUCUCCUUGCAUAGGGUCCUGAGAGUAAGCUUUCAGGUUUGGAAGAGUGCUUUUCCUUCCUCUGAAGGUUGUCCUUAUAAGAGUGACCACCAUGGUAUCCCAUCUCAUACAGGGCAAACCCCCGCAUCCCAGCACUUGCCUGAGACACAGCUGGAAGGGCUGGUAUUUUCCUUGAGCCUAAGUUCAUUCUGAAACAAGUCUCGGCUGAGACAAGCCAGGACCACUGUAGAAUGGACUCAAUCCCUUAAUCCAGCCAAUUACUGAAGCUGCUGGUGUAGGUCAGCCUACACCAAUGUUUUAAGAAGCUCCCAUGGGCUUACUGCAACCUUUGGAAGGCAGGGACAGACAGCAAAGCAGGUUAGUGGGCUGGUGGAAGGGCAAGUGGGGGCGGCAAUCAGCACUUUUUUUUUAUUUGCCUGCAGGGUUCUGUACAAAUGACCAGAACUCCCAGCCCACUCUUGGUUUGGAUAGAGAGGGGGUUUCAGUACUGACUGAGUGCCUUGAGGUAUACACAUGAAAACCAGGUUUCAAUGGUUGACAGAGUAGAGUAUUUAUACCAAGAGGGUAGAGGCGAAAGAAUUGGGUGUUCAAAGCCAGUCUUGACUUGAAGCAAAUGUAUGGCCUGCCUGAACAGGUUGAGAGAGUCUCAAAAACCUUACUUAGACAUCAAAAGAGCGAAGCUUGGACCCUGCUGGGGAAGCCCACAGUCCUCUAGCAGACCUAGGAGCCUCCGUCCAGCAAAGCUGGUCCUGGAGCCUAGUGGAGUGCUCCAAAUGUGCAUUUUCCAGAGUGAAGUUUAUUAAAGUUUUGCUCUUUGAAGUCUGGGCCGUUGCUCUCCAACAUGCUUAUCCACGGCCCUAGUCAAUGCGUGUCAAUGUGACAAGAUGAGUGAGUGUGCAGACACACACCCAACAGUAGCAAGGGCCAGAAUAGAGCAGGGUGCAUCGGCCACUUGACUUUCCACUGCACAUCAGGACUAGGGCCAGGGCCCAGGAGCCACCAUUAUCAGAGUAUGUAGGCUUCUGAGUUCUUUAGAAGCAAUGUGGCCACACAUCCAAAGCUCAACUGUGCGCUACAUCAAAUGACUCUGGGUAAUUAUCCCUCAGAGCCCAUGCCUAUAUGUGCCUGUGCCUAUAUGUGCUUGACUCCUCCCACUUUCUGUAAUGUUUAUUAAAGAUGCCCACACCCAUGCAUUCAGGGAUUGUUUUCUGAGUGCUGCUUUUUCACAAAAUAUCCCAGCUAAAUGGAUGUUUUCCUGCUGUGCUUAAGCCAUCUCAGAUUGACCUUGGCCAGAACGAUGUGUGGAGCCACCUGUCUGGCUUCCCCAUUCCUCACUUCUGGUAUGGAAGAUGUGGCUGCUCUUGUUCCCUGCCCACUCCAAGGUCAGGUCUGGUCUCUGCUGCCAUCUUGGAGUCCUGACCCUCAGAACACUAAAUAUUGGCAGGUAAGCUGGAGCCUGUCCACCAUUAUAUCAUUACUGAAUAAUUGGUGAUUCAUAUAGACACAUAGGUACAUAUAUGUCUUCAUGUGUGUAAAGGUCUUCAUGGUGUAAGGGGCAGGAGACAUAAGGGCUUCCCCAGCCCUCUCCACUUUGUCCUGGUUGAAAAUCAGGCACCCUGAUGUACUGCUCUGCUGCAGGUUUUUCCUCAGCAGAUGAGCCUAGAAGAUUAUCAUGCUGAUGCACCUGACAAGCUAUCCCAGUAGAAUGUUACCACCUCCUGUGUGCCUUCUCUUGUCCACUUGUGGGACCUCAUAUACCCCUGUACAUGAGAAAUAAAAGUUUAUUGAAUAAAUCCA